UUGGCCGGGCUGUGAAUUUUUAGAGUGCCGAUGUAAGAGGCACAUUGCAGCAAGCUUACAGGCAACGAUGGUUCUCCUCACCACUAAGAUCAUGCAAAGGACGGCAGUCUUUGUAACCUUCGGGGGGCUGGUGACCUCCUUGAUCACCACUUUCCUUCCGCUGUGGAAGACGAUGAAUUCGGACUUGAACGAAGUGGAAAACUGGUAUUCGGGACUGUGGCACAUGUGCCUGUACACGGAGGAGGUCGGGUUCCAGUGUAAGGCCUACGACUCCUUACUGGGACUUCCUGUGGACUUGCAGAUUUCUAGGGUGCUCAUGUUGGUGUCGGUAUGCACCGGCGGUCUGGCUCUGCUGGUCGCCGUGCCGGGACUGGACGGGGUUCACGUGUGUUUGGACCGGUGUGGAGAGAGGAGAAGGUUCCUGAUCCUGUGUGGGGUGCUCUCCUGGGUGUCGGGGCUCAGCACACUGGCUCCGGUGUCCAUCGUGGCGUACACCACCGUGGUGGAGUUCUGGGAUAAAGGUUUGCCCGACGUGAUGCCGCGCUGGGAGUACGGAGAGGCCAUGUUCUCCGGAUGGUUUGGAGGUUUGGCGUUGCUCACUGGGGGGACUUUGUUCUUUGUUGCCGUGUGCAUGGCCGACUAUGACCUGCGGACGCCAAGUGUGACCAACAGUCCACAUGUGAUGCACAGGGCACAGCAAUACCGCAAGACUGAGGUUUUGUAAAAAAAAAAAAGGAAUUGUUAUUAUACAGUAUACAUAUUUACCCCAUUUAAAAAAAAAAAAAAAUAUAUAUAUUUUUGCCAAAGUAAAGAAAAUUGCAUUUUAUAGGCUCGUGAACUUGUGGACAAGGCAGAUACAAUCUGGUUAUGUAUGAAGCAUUCUCAUAUCGGUAAUUCUAUUGAGAAAGAAGUGAAGUCACUUGUUUGAGUUGUUUUUUGUUUUUUUGUUCAUUUGUAAGUCAUUGGAGGAAGUUCAUGUAACAAAGUAAUGGAUUUUGAAAAAAAAGUGUCUAUUCAGACUGAUUCAUCCAAAUGUCAUCACACAAUUUUAAUCAUGGAGUUUUCAUUUUCACAGCAACCCUUUGAAAAGGUUAUCAGUCUUCUGGCAAAUUGAAGCAUUUUAAUCAAACACCAUUAAUCUCCACUGGCUUUUAUUGAUUUAUAUGAUCAUUAAUCACAGGAAAAGAGAACACAUAAACAUGAUUAGUGCUGUGUGAUUUGUUGAAAUCCAACCAGUAGAAACAUACAAAUUGAGAGAUUAAUAUGGAAUGUGGUUACAGACAUAAUGACAUCAAUGAGUGCCGUGUAGCAGCUCGUGUAUUUUGGGUUUUGUUUUGUUUUUAUUUAGUUAAAUAGGUGUUGAAUUUCUACAGCUGAUUGUGUACCGGGGGCAUCGAUGCAAAAUACUUUAUUGGGAUGACGAUAAUUCACCAAAUGUCACAUGGCGACUUGCUGAUCUCUGACUGACUGGAUUUCAAUCUUCCGUCCUCGUUUCUUGAAUGCCGAAACUCUCAGGAUCCAUCCAAGCUUGUUGCAGCCGAUGCUGCACGUAGUUUACAUAUUUUCUUCCCUCUAACCAAUCUCGAUGUCUCCUUUUGGAUGAUGCACCAUAAUUGAAUUAAAGUGGCUGCCUGAGCACUGAGACGUUGUCUUGCUGCACCCUCAUCAUCAUCAUCGUCAUCAUCACCUGUGAGAAAAGAAUCUGCAUUAAAUCAGUCAGUGACCUUGUCUCAGAGGUUAUUACACAGUGUUCCAAAUGAUUACGGUUGCGUUUUUUUCUACACUGUCCAAAGUAGUCUACGUGAUUUACACUUAAAGGUCCCCUUCCAUCGUUCUUUUUUUGUUCAAUUUUGAUCAUUUUUUUUGUUUGUUUGCAUGAUACUUUUAGUGGGAAGUUCCCAAAAUGUCCUUUUUCGAGCUAUUCUAGUUGACCUUUUCUGCCUGGCAUUUGAGACAGCAAAUGUACGUAAAUGAGAUUUGCUCUGAUUGGAUCGUUCAUCUUCCCCAAUUCUAAAUAUGCAAAAGCGCUUGGCUCUGAUUGGUCCGUAUCAAAGCGUGUACGUGGGGUGGGUGGCCAUGCAUUCGUAGAGAGUUUGCUCACGGGAGUUACUUAUAUACACUGAAUGUACUUGUUAAAUCUGUCAGUAUGACGUGGUAGUAGUAUGUCUUUAAAAUGAUUUCCACUGGAGGGGGGGGUUAAUCUUUUCCAUCUGAAGGCGAGGCUGAGAGGGUCUGCGAGGAAAAAGCCAGCAGAAAAAGAGAGCGUGUGUGUGUGUGUUUGGGAAUGAGGGGAGUGGAGUGAGGCGGAGGGCACGGUGAGAAUUCAUGCUGUGUUAGCAUCCCCUCAGCAACUCCAUCAAUACUGCACACAGCUAAGAAACCGGCAAAGGUCUUUUGUGCUGCAUUCGCGGGCUCGGCCAGCGAGAGAGAGCAACUCCCACGACCGGUCGGCUCAGUCUGCUGCUGCUGGAGGGGGCACACACACACACACACACACACACGCACACGCACGUAUCAGAGCCAGUGCUGCAUCAAGAGGGAGCGAGGAGGGACACAAGGACUGGGAAUACUUGAGUGGAGACGAAGCAGCCCCACAGAGGAACUGGAUUGUUGGGGGACUGCUGCCAAUAUGUUAGAGUGCUCUGCACUGCACCUGUCCAUGCACCUGCUCCAUGGCCACAGCUCUCUCUGGUAAGCUGCUUGACACCACCGUCUACAGUUUUUAAUCAUAAAAUUACUGAAUAACAGGAUGUGAGAUGAGCAAAUUAAGCAUGGGAGAGUGAUUGUUUCAGAGAUAGUAACACUUUCAAAUGCUGGAGAACUUGUUUUUUUUUGUGUGUGUGUGCGCGCGCGUGUGUGUUAUGGAGGCAGAAACGGGGGCUCGAAAUGUCAUAUUUUACAUUUCCAUUACGUCACACUAAGUUUAUCAGGUAAAGUUGUUGAAGUUCAGAAUCGGGAUGUCGGGGAGAAAAAGAUGACAUCGUGACACUAUGUGGCAUGUACUUUGUAAUAAGUUCAACGAUGAUAGUUGUUUUUAAUUCAACAUUUAAGUGUUAUCCUCUGGUUUACUGUUCCUUGUUAAAGUGUUAUAUCUCUCUAUUGUGAAGUGUUUUACAAUGAUUUAAAAAAAUAUAUAUAUAUUUUUCUUUUAAGCCAUUCGGUGUAUUCUUUUGUUUUGGAGCAACUAGCAAUUAUUGCUCUGAAGUUGUGGUGUGUAAUUGACAAAAUUGCAGUUAAUGUGCAGUUGUUGCAUCAUACAUUUUUUGUACAUCACCCCAAAUAAAUCAUCAAUGCAAUACCUGCUCUUUCAUAUCAUGUUUGUUGACACGACUCACUUGUGUGGUG